GAGGAAUCAUAUGUAGGAAAUUUUCUUUCCGUUUAAACAAUUUAAAGAUUUACAAAAGUUUUCAGUUUUCGUUCAUAAUAUGUAAUUUAUAAUACCAAAAUAUUUGAUCCCUACCACUCAUAAAACUUACUCAGAAUCAGUCAGACUAUAAUUGUUCAAAUAAUGUACCCAGAAUUCAUUACAAAAUAAUAAUAAUAAAAAAAGUUAUGUUGAUGUUUUGUUUUGUAGUUCGUUUAUGUCAAGGAGUAUAGUUAAUGUUCUGGUCUAAUUUUCUUGUUUAAUGUUUGUUAAAAUUAUUAUGUGUUAAAUUAUUUCUGCUUGCUCCCACCCGAAAUAACCAAUGAUGAAGUCAGUGGAAACGGAAGAGGACCUUAUAUUAUUUAAAAUGCAUAGUGAGGCGACUAAAAGAGGACGAACAGUACUAUCUUUAAGAGCAUGCGAAAUAGUUGACUUUAGUUCACAAUAUGGAAGUGAACACUCUAUUUCGUAUACAGCUGAAAAUAUUUUGGGUCCCCCGUCGGUAUUUCCGAGGUCUGGAGAUUGUGUCAGUGUGUAUGAACUAAGAACUUAUGGUAAAUGGUGGCUUACUCUUCCAUCAAGUAGAGAAUCAAAAGUAAAUCUUCCAUGUAGAAUUCCUAUUGAAAGUCAAGAUUUUAUUGAAUUCCGUGUUGGAAGGCGUGUUGAGCCGAUGCUAAUACGAAUCUAUGAAGUAUAUAAUCCUGGUGCAAUUGUAAGGAUAUUAGGAUAUUGUUCUGACAGAGAAAAAUGGGUUACUUUAUGGGCUGGUGCACCCAAGCACUUACCACCAAAUGAAUCACAUUGUUUUUCAGUAGAGUUUGAAAAAACUGAUCUUCUUUCUGACUAUUUCCGAAUAGAGUUUCAUCACAGACACUUGAACUAUUACUGUGAACUAGACAGUCUUGUUCUAUAUGGUGAAGAUAAAUUCUCAAAUUACAGUUUAUCGAGUUCUGCUAUCCCGUCUGCCCUUCAAAGAAUGGUUAAUUUUUCACUUCAUGAAAAUUAUCAAACUCCAGCCUCUUCCUUUUCAUCAGUCUAUUUACCUGAUCAUCAUGCAUCAUUUGAUAAUUUGCCUAAUGAAGUUAUACACCUAAUAAUUAGCUACUUAGAUCUUCAAAGCUUGUGUUCUGUUGCUCAAGUAUCAAAGUUAUUUCACAAAAUUUGCUAUGAUCCUGUGUUAUAUAAAGAUUUAAAUCUGCAAACUUAUUGGCCCCUGGUUGACAUUACUGCAUUGAGAGGAUUGGAAUCUAGACUUUCGUCAUUGAAAACCUUGAAUUUAUCUUGGUGUGGCAGUCAAGGUAGAAUCACUGCUCAUUACUUCAAUGAAUUUGUUACAGCAACAUGUCACCACUUAACAGCUUUGAAGCUCUCUAGCUGUAAUUUUGUGAAUAAUAAUUGUUUAAAAGCUGUAGCGUCCCAUUGCCCUUUACUUCAAGAACUUGAAUUGAAUUCUUGCCGGUCGAAGGACUUGACUCAAAUUGGUUUUAGAUAUAUUUCUGAAAUAAAACACUUGAAUCACCUAGCUUUAUAUCGCUCUCUCAUCGAUAAAUCAUCAAUUAUUUCCAUUAUAAAGUGUGUCCCGUUAGAGCAUCUCUUUUUAGGAAGUUGUACCAACAUAGAUUCAUUCAAUGAAGUCGCUCGAGCAAUUGCCUCUGAUAGAAAACAAAUAAAAACACUAGAUUUUUGGAGAGCUUCAUCUUUAAGUUGUCUGGGUAUCUCAGAACUUGCUGAACAUUGCAAUGAAAUAGUUGAAAUUGAUCUUGGUUGGUGCCAUAAAAUAGACGCCCGUUGUGGAUGCAUUCGGGCACUGAUAACUCGCUGCACUAAAUUGAAAAAGCUCUUUUUGAGUGUUAUGCGGUAAGUGGUUUAAAAUAAAUCAUGUCAGAGUAAUUAUUAAGGGAUUUAUAGUAUUUAUUUAAUUUAGGCUACUCA